CGUCGUUGCCAUUGGCGAGCGCCAGAAAGUUGUCCUGUUUGUGGUCAUGAGGUUUUUGACGCUGUUCUUACUACUCGGGUUUGGGAGCCGAAGUACUUCGGAAGGGUAACUACUAACAGGACACUCAUCACUCGACUCGCGAAUGUCGAGUAGGAAUUGUGCUGAUGACCCUCCAACACCGCCUUCGAUUCCCUCGACGAUAAGCCUCAUCCAUUAUCCGUGGUCACGUUCUCAAGAUCACUGGACGGUCACAAGGACUGAUCUCAUCGUGAUGCCCGUUGUUUCUACUUUCAACCUUGAGGCGCCUAGUAUCUAUUACUAUGACUACGCCAGACUGCCCUCCCGGGCCAGUCUCAAACACCUUCGAAGGAGAAGAGAAGAAGCACUACGAAGAGACUGGUUUUGAUGCCGAAGUUGCUUCACAUGCCCUUCGCCUCCGUGGGCGUAAAUUAACCAUUUCGAUCGCAUUCGUUGCUGGCACUGGAUUUACGUUGUUCGGCUAUGACCAAGGAGUUAUGUCUGCAUUGCUGACCGCUGGACAGUUUGAGAAGGUCUUCCCCCAGGUUGUAGUGGAUAGCAGUCACCCUAACAACGCUACUCUGCAAAGCUUUGUUGUCGCUAUAUAUGAAAUUGGAUGCCUCAUGGGGGCUUUAUCUAAUCUUUGGGUAGGAGAUCGUUUAGGAAGACGCCGAACAAUUGCAUUGGGUGGAUGUAUCAUGAUUAUUGGUGCUAUUCUCCAAACGACCAGCUACAGCUAUGCUCAAUUAGUGGUCGCUCGGAUAAUCACCGGCAUUGGAAAUGGCUUGAAUACUUCUACAGUUCCUAGCUAUCAUGCAGAGCUCUCGUCUGCAGCAAAACGCGGCGCGUUGAUAUUCAUUGAAGGGUCUCUCAUCACCUUUGGUGUCAUGAUCUCUUAUUGGGCGAGUGAAUCUUCUGCUCAGUGGAGAGUCCCCAUUGCGCUCCAGAUAGUUUUGGCUCUGGCCAUGGUCUUUGGAAUCGGCUUCCUUCCUGAAUCACCAAGAUGGCUUGUAAAGCAAAACCGGAACGCAGAGGCAAUAGCAGUUAUAUCGGCGCUCGAGAACAAAUCCCCAGACGAUGCUGAAGUUCAACGUACCUAUCAUGCUAUCCGGGAAGCAGUUGCUAUCGAAGAUUUUGGGACCUCCAGCAGCCUCGGAGGCAAACAUGCAAAACUUUUCGUAGGCGGCCGGAGCCAACAUUUCCGGAGAGCUUCUCUAGGAGUGAUAAACCAGUGCUUUCAACAAAUUACGGGCAUCAACCUGAUUACAUACUAUGCUGCAAGUUUUACCUCCCUUUCUGAAUUCGCUGGUCCCUUAUGUCUGUGGCACUGUAGACGAUCCUAUUUCAACGCCUUGGUUUGUCGGAUGUUACCUCACGUCCUCAUCGCGGCUGCCAAUGGAACAGAGUAUUUCUUUGCCUCCAUCAUCGCUAUCUUCAUCAUAGACCGUAUCGGGCGACGAAAGCUCAUGCUUUUUGGCGCUGUAGGCCAGUGCAUUACUAUGAUAUUACUUGCCGUUCUCGGCAGUGUAAGAGGCACUGGGGCACAAGUAGUGAGCGCUGUGCUACUUUUUGUGUUUAACUCGUUCUUUGCCAUCGGCUGGUUGGGCAUGACAUGGCUAUACCCUGCCGAAAUCGUCGGGUUGGAAAUUCGCGCGCCUGCCAAUGCACUGAGCACAUCUUCGAAUUGGAUAUUUAAUUUCGUAGUCGUGAUGGUCACAGGUCCAUCUUUCAACAACAUAUCAUGGGGCACUUACAUCGUAUUCGCUGCGUUGAACGCUUUCAUCAUACCAGUAGUUUAUUUCUUCUUCCCAGAGACUGCAGGUCGUUCAUUGGAAGAUAUGGAUGUCGUCUUUGCAUUGGCUUACAACGAAGGUGUCUCGCCGGUCGCUGUCUCUUUACGGAAGGAUGUUCCUCUUGCAGGAACACCAGAGGCUGAUAGAAUAUUGGGCAUAGAAACAAUAGACCAGAAGGUCAACAUUUCGGGGGAGACCUCGUGAUGAGUGCCACCAUGUACUGUAGAGAAUGACACAUCCAUUGCAGGCACGUUUGUUUGUAUGGCAAUUAUACAUUGAACAAGGAUUCCUCUUCGGUCGGCUCUACGACAAUACAGUGUUGGCAGUAACCACUCAGGAAAUAUUAUAUUAGCAGGGUGUACAAAUAACAGUGUCUUUUCGCGCUCUCACUCUCGACAACG